AUGGAUAUGACAAGCGAUCGAUGUUCAACGUGCCAGAGAAGUAACGCAAGCCUAGAGCCUGUGGCCAAACCAAGCGAGGUUCGAGAAGUUAGUCUCCGCAGCCUUCAAACCUCUGCGGUGAAUUGCAAGAUAUGUGCUUUCGUGCAAGACGUUCUUUCAUUGGAUCAUACUACCCCGAGUAUUACGGAUGUGUCGUACGAACCCUCAAGAAUUAAAAUAGAAGGCGGAGGUCUGAGGUUCACAGGUCAGUGGCAAGGAGCAUUAGUGAUCGAGAUAUACAAAGCUGAGAUACAGCCGAAUCUGCCAAAACCGAAAGAGGUAUCACAGAAAUUGUCGUGUAACGAUGCUGCUGGAAUCAUUGCAGAAUGGAUGGCUGCUUGUGAAAGCUAUGUCGAGUGCCAAGAUCCGGUCUCGAAUAAAAAAUACAACUAUACAGGAACAAGACACGUCAGACUCCAUAUUACUAAUGUUGAGAUUGACCUGCACUCAUCAUACCUGAAGAGACUUAUUUGGCUGGGACCCAACCUUGAGUUCGCUCGCUUGGUACCAUUCCCUCCUGAUGUUGUUCACUGGGGUAGAGCACGAGAUGGAGACCACAUCUUCAAAACAGAUGACUCAACAAAGUUGCAAUUCGAGUCUUCCAUUCCUCUGCAAGACGUUCCCCGAACCUUGAAAGAUGCCUUUUACUUGACGAACAAGCUCGGCCUGGAUUAUCUUUGGGUGGAUGCACUCUGCAUCGUCCAAGGUAACCAGGAGGAGUGGGAGCAAGAGUCAGCAAAAAUGGGACUCAUCUACUCUAAGUCAAGGAUUGUUCUUUCAUCUACGCAAUCCUCCAGCGUCAACGAUGGGGUAUUCAUGCCCCGAUCAACAAUAUGA